AUGGCACGGCCUGUAAAUGUUGGUAUCCGGGCCAUUGAGCUCUACUUUCCUGCCCAGUGCGUCGACCAGGAAGAGCUCGAGAGGUACGAUGGCUUCAGCAAAGGCAAAUACACCAUUGGCUUGGGACAAACGAGAAUGAGUUUCUGUGACGACAGAGAAGACAUCAACUCAAUCGCCCUCACUGCCGUGUCAGGGCUCCUCCGCAAGUACAAGAUCGAUCCACGAUCCAUCGGCCGACUUGAAGUGGGCACGGAAUCCAUGGUCGACAAGUCCAAGUCGGUCAAGUCUGUCCUCAUGCAGCUUUUUGAACACUGCAACACGAACAUCGAAGGCGUGGAUACCGUCAACGCUUGCUACGGCGGAACGAACGCGCUCUUCAACGCUGUCAAUUGGGUAGAGUCCCGCGCCUGGGACGGCAGAGACGCCAUCGUUGUCGCGGGGGAUAUUGCACUGUACGCAGAGGGCAACGCAAGGCCAACCGGCGGUGCGGGCUGUGUGGCCAUGCUAGUAGGCCCUGACGCGCCCCUGGCUCUCGAGCCCGGUAUGCGAGGUUCCUAUGUUCGCCAUGCGUACGACUUCUACAAGCCCAACUUUUCGGUCGAGUAUCCCUACGUCGACGGCCACUUGUCAUUGAACUGCUACACGGAAGCGCUCGAUGCGUGCUAUAAAGCUUAUCUGGAGCGUUCCAAGACGGCAAGUUCAGGCGACGACGCAGUUGGAGAGGGUGUCAAGACAGGUGGUGUCAAUGGCCACCAGAUUCGCCAGAGUUUGCCUGCCGACGAGUUCGACUAUAUGUGUUUCCACGCCCCGACCUGCAAAUUAGUGGCCAAGUCAUACGCUCGCUUGUUCUACAACGACUUCUUGUCUCAUGCGGACAACAAGCUCUUCCAGGCCAUUCCUGCAGAGCUCGGAUCCAUGCGUUAUGCGUCUAGUCUCAGCGACAAGACAAUUGAAAAGACCUUCAUGGCCCUGUCGCAGGAACGCUUCAAGCAUCGGGUGGAUCCGUCGAGGCAUGUCUCGACCGAGUGUGGCAACAUGUACUGUGGGAGUCUCUACGCGGGCCUGUGCAGUCUGUUGGCCCUUGUCCCGAGCCAUCAGCUAGAGGGCAAGCGCGUUGGCAUGUUUAGCUAUGGCAGCGGGCUUGCCAGUACCAUGUUCAGCUUGCGGGUAGUAGGGAGCACCGAGGACAUGCGGAACAAGCUCGACUUGCAUAAGAGACUGAGCGCGAGGCGAGUUGUGUCUCCUUCCGUAUACGACCAAACAUGCCGCCUUCGAGCAUUUGCUCACCAGCAAAGCCCUUACCAGCCCAUUGGGAGCGUAGCUGGUCUCUCCAAGGGCACAUAUUACCUCACUCACGUUGACAAGAAGUUCAGGAGGACUUAUAGGGUCAAAGAAUAG